GGAGUCCACCCAGGAAACAAACUUCAACAACAUCAAGUCCCAGAUCCGUCUGCUGCAGGUCCAGAACUCGACCAGGUCUCGACCAGGACUCAGUCAGGACCAAGACCUGGGAAUUUUCUGCAAAGCUGUGAUGUCAUAAACACCUGGAUUCAAGAUGGCCGCCGUGAACCCUGCGCCGCGGAGCCUCUUCAGGAGCGUCAAGUUCUUUGUGUUGUGUCAUAGCGCUCUGCAGCUCGCUCAGCUGCUCGUCUCUGGAUACAUGAAGAGCUCCAUCUCCACCAUCGAGAGGCGCUAUGGUCUGUCCAGCCAGAGAGCCGGGCUGCUGGCCGCCUUCAACGAGGUGGGUAACACUCUGCUGAUCGUGUUUGUGAGUUUCUGGGGCAGUCGGGUUCACAGGCCGCGUUUCAUCGCCGGAGGAGCCAGUUUAGCCGCCGCCGCCGCGCUCCUCAUGGCCACGCCCCACUUCCUGUACGAGCCGUACGAGUACACGGACAGAGACACCUCUCAGGGUAACCGCUCCAGUCUGUGCCGGGUGAACGGGUCCGUGGCGUUUGACCCGGGCUGUAGUGUGCGUGAGGGGAGUGGCCACCAGGGGGCGUACCCGCUGCUGUUACUGGGACAGCUGCUGUUGGGCAUCGGCGCGGUGCCCAUCCAACCGUUCGGCAUCUCCUACAUCGACGACUACGCCAGCAAACGCAACUCGCCCCUCUACCUCGGGAUCCUUCUCGCCGUCACCUCCAUCGGACCGGCUUUUGGCUUCAUGACCAGCGCCUUCACGCUCAGGAUCUUUGUGGACUUCAACACCGUCCCCCGAGACCAGGUCACUCUGGAGCCGGGGGACCUCCGGUGGGUCGGGGCGUGGUGGCUCGGCUUCCUGUUGGCGUCUUGUUUGCUGUUUCUGACGGCGCUGCCCAUCCUGUUCUUCCCUCGAGAGCUCCCCCCAGAGGUGGAGGAAGAGGAGGCCGUUAAACCGCCUCAGAGCAGGUCGCCGCAGACGAUGGGCGACUUCAUUCGCAGUUUUCCACGCACAGCGCUCCGGACUCUGCGUUCUCCGGUUUACAUGUGUGUGGUUCUGGCCCAGGUGAACCUCGCCGCGCUGCUCUCAGGACUCGCCACGUUUAUGCCCAAGUUUAUGGAGCGACAAUUCAGCCAAACCACAGCCUUCUCCAACAUGAUGAUCGGGGGCGUGGCUCUGCCCUUCUCCAUCGUGGGCAUCGUUCUGGGCGGAGUCUUGAUGCGGCGCUGCGGCCUCUCUGUGUUCGGCGCCGGGCGGAUGUGCUUCAUGUCUCUGUCUCUCUGCGUCCUGACCGCCGUCCCGCUGCUCCUGAUUGGCUGCUCUACCCAGAACGUGCACGGAGUCUACCCGCGUCCAAACCCGGUCUCUGGUCCGGUCUCUGGUCCGGUCUCUGGUCCGGUCUCUGGUCCGGUCUCUGGUCCGGUCUCUGGUCCGGUCUCUGGUCCGGUCUCGGUCUGUGGUUCUUGCAGUUGUCUUGAGGACUCCUUUAACCCGGUGUGUGGUUCUGAUGGGGUGGAGUUCCGGUCUCCGUGUCACGCCGGCUGCACGUCUCAGGAGAGCGACCCCAAGAGCGGACGCCCCACUAACUACACAAACUGUGGCUGUGUCUCUGGGUCUUCUCAUAGUCCGGACCUGGAUCCCGGUCUGGAUCCCGGUCUGGAUCCCGGUCCUGGUCUAGGCCGGUCCUGGGCGGUGCCUGGGACCUGUGGGAGUCCCUGUUCAAACCUGAUCCUGGUCUUUAUGGUUUUUGUGGCUCUGACGUGUUUCAUCGCCUCCUUCUGCCACACGCCCUCCUACAUCAUCAUACUCAGGUCGGUCCCGGUGGAGGACAAGUCUUUUGCUGUUGGACUUCAGUACAUGUUCUUCAGAGUCCUGGCGUUCUUCCCGGGGCCGGUGCUCUACGGCAGAGUCAUCGACACCACCUGCCUCCUCUGGGGCAGGAAGUGCAAUCAGCUCACUUCCUGUCUCUACUACGACAUGGAUCUCUUCAGACGCAGGUUCCUGGGUCUUCAGCUGCUUUUCUUUUGCGGCGGUUGGUUUUGUUUCUUGGCGAUGAUUUUGAUUCAGAGACGAAAUAAAAAACGAGAAACUAAAAGCAGAUAUGAACUAACACAGACGAGACCAGUGGAGCCAGGACUGGAGCUGGGACCAGGACUGGAGCUGGGACCAGGACUGGAGCUGGGACCAGGACUGGAGCUGGGACCAGGACUAGACCAAGACCGGACCAAGACCUGAAUGCACCGUAAACAUGUGAUAUUAAAGAGGAGGUAUUCUGCAAAAGCCCAUUUUCCUCCCAUGUUUUAACACUGUUCCCUCAUCAAAAACACGUCUGAAGAACUUUUAGAUCAUCCGUGCUUUUUUUUUGAACAAUCUAGAGAUCUCUCCUGGGCCCUAUUCAAACCCUCCUUACAGAUAGCAGUACGAGUCUGUACGAGGCUCCGCCCACAAGCCUAUGUCACCCACGCUCCUACACGACAAUCCUCCAUAAAUCUACAAAAACAUGACUCAAAACUGUGCACUACGACUUCACAAACCUGGUGUGAUGUGCAGUAGUUUCAUUAGAUGCAGCUGAUUGUGAAGUGAUCGUGCUCUGAAGGGGGAGGGGCUUAGCACAGAGAGCAAAGACAGGGGAGACGUGUGUAAAAUACCUCCUCUUUAAGGCCUGAGCCAGGACCAAACCCGAGUGUCGACCUGUGAAAAUCCAUGUGCAGCUUCUGUCUUUUGUAUCAUGUGACUUGUGCUUAAAUGUCCCAUAAUGCACUGCUCUCUGCUCUCUGUUCUGAUGUCGUUUCUUCAUCACAAACAGACCUGGAGUCGUUGUGUUUUGUUUCAUUCUCACAUGUUUAAACACAAAAAAACGCUGCAGAUUUAGGCUGAGUUCUUCUCUCAAACUGAAAACACUCUGUUCCACCUUGUGAUGUCAUCGUGUGGCGAUACAGGAAGUGCUCCGCUGUGUUUUUAAACCGCACACACCUUCAUUUCCAGAAUCAUUUGGAUCAUUUCAGUCCUGGAGUUGCCACAUAUCUCAACUGAACUAAAAGUAAAAGGAGCUGUUCACUUCAAAACUACCACUUGAUGACAUCACAAGGUGGAACGUCGCAUUUUGAGCUUUGUAGAUGUGACAGACUAAUAAUAAAGUGCGACUCAAACAUGUGUGAAUGAAACAAAACACAACUCCAGCAUUAGAACAUGACUUAAACCUCACAGGGGUCAGUUUUAUGUGAUAUUGGACUUUUACACUUUUGUGUGUUUUGUUUGACCAGGUUUUUUCAGGGACUAUAUAUUUUUUUUUACAUAUUUUCAUAAAGUUUUAUAUUCUGCUUUUGGAAUAAACGUUAUGUG